AUGUCUCUCUUGCAGUCUCUCCUGGACCAACCCAACUUCUUGUCUCCUCUCAGAGUUUUUAACUCAGACAUAGGCUACAACAACACCUACAUGAACUGGAAGGAGACUUCACAUGCCCACAUCUUUGAAAUUGAUCUUCCAGGCCUUACAAAAGAGGAUGUGAAGCUUGAGGUGCAUGAAAAUAGAGUGCUUCAUGUGAAUGCAGAGAGAAAGGCAGAGCCUGAAGCAGAGGACCCCAAGAAUGAAACGUGGCACUGCAGGGAAAGGACAAGUGACAGCUUCUCUAGAAACUUUCGGCUGCCUGAAAAUGCCAAGGUUGAUGAGAUUAAGGCUUCCAUGCGUGAUGGGGUUUUAGUAAUUACAGUGCCUAAGGAGGAUGAGUUGAAGAAAAAACACAAGCAUCACAAGAAGGUUGAGAUCUCUGGAGAUGAUGAAAAACAUGGCUCCAAAGGGCUCGGACGCUUUGUGUGCUGCAAAGCUUAG